AUGGCUGCCACUUACAAGCAGUUUCUGGCCUCGCCCAGCUCGGCGCUGUUGGCUGACAAUGCUUCGCUGCACUACGUGACCACGCUCACGUCUAUUGUCGGCGCCGACCAGAUCAUCAAGCAUCUCAGCAACCUGCAAAGGCAGGUCAAGAAGAAGAAGGAAGACGUGCUCAACGUAAUUGACGGCCAGAGCAUCAUCGCCGUCGAGGCCGACACACACAUCGAGUUCAUCACCAGCGGCGGGGUUUAUCUGCCUGGUCUCGACGACAACUUCCUCUCUGAUCGAGAAGCUUUCCUGCCUAUUAUGCAUAUCGUGACUUUCGAUGACGAGGGCAAGAUUGUGCAAAUCCGCCAGCAAUGGGACCAGGCCUCGCUCCUAAAGCAGCUCGAGAUCAUCGGGAAAAGCGGUCGCAACUGGCCCAUCAAGGAUGGCAAAGAACAGCUCAACCUCAUUCAGUCUUGCAUCAAGUCCACCUUUACCCCUGCGCAAGCUCAGAAUGGCAACAGCACUCCAAAGGCACGGGGCAACGCUUCGACCAAUGCCAUGCGAGAUCCUCAUGCUUCUCUGCAUCUUUUUGGCUCCAGGGAAGAGGUUGAAAAUGCCGAAUCCGCCAACGUUGUCUCUCCCUAUUCCGGCCAGAGGCCCAAGCAGCGCGCCUUCACCGACAUUCUGAACGACGAACCCCAGCACUGGGAUGAUGACGCGAAACGUCGCUCGCUACCACCCGCCAAGAUUGGCGCGGGAAGGGCUCAGCCUAUUCGCAUUUUUGACGGACAGCAGCACAAUUCUGACGACGAUGACGACGAGCAAAAGGGCCCCAGGUAUAUCCGCGCUCACCCUGCUAAAUACCAACACUUUGCCAUGAAUGAUGGUUCUGCGGAAGAGAGUGAAGGCUCCAAUGCAGCAAGCUCCGCCCGCCCAGUGGCUCCAAAGGCCAAAUCUAAGCACGGCAGCACGUGGUCUUUCGAUGACUUCACCACCCCUGUCAAAGCAAAGCCCGGUCGAGCGCAAGGAAGCAACCCUGAUGCGCGCCGCUUUGAUACAGGGGAGGAACGCGCCGCGGAGCCCGUCAAGCCAAUGGUUGGCAAAGCUCGACGCGAUGCAGAGGCCCAUUUCGAGAUGCAAGAUGAUGGCGAACUCCCUCCCGAAGAGCGACGCAUCGCCACCAAAUCUCGGGGCGCUAUUCGUAAUGAUGGUCUGUACAACAACAACCUCUUUGACCGCGAGGCAGAGGAAGCCCCUGCCGGCCGUGCUCUAGGCAACAUCACCAACGUCAAAGAUCGCGGCAAGCACUUUGAUCCUCACUUUGCCAUGUCGGAUGAAUCUCCCGUGCCCGCCGCCCCGCGCCAGCCCGUCACCGAGAGUCUCCAAAAGGUUAUCAAGACGAUGAACACGAGCUGGAGUCUUGCCGACGAAUCGCCAGCCCCACAGAAGGAAAACAGAGCCCAGCCUGGCCAGGCGCCGCCACCAGAUACCAAGAUUCACAUUGCUGGCGAUGGUAUGGGCGGCAAGAAGGGUGCUCAGCGAGACUUUAUCUUUGGC